GAACAAGGCAAGUUGGUUGGGAAGUUUGGAGGUGGUGCACCAACUUUAGGAGGAAGAAGAGAAGGAAGAAAGGAAAGUAGUUUCCGCUCGAGCGCGAGAUCGAUCCUUAGGUGACUUCUGGCUUUUAGGCGCGCGUGAAGGUAUCCGGAGAGAAUCUAUCUUUCGACUUAGAAGUCAGAAUGGCUGAACAAGAUGUAGAAAAUGAAUUGCUUGACUAUGAAGAAGAUGAGGAGCCCCAACCUCUGACAGAGAGCACACCUACCCCUGCUAAGAAGGAUGUCAAGGGUUCCUAUGUCUCCAUUCAUAGCUCUGGCUUCAGAGAUUUUCUUCUGAAACCUGAGCUCUUGAGGGCUAUUGUGGAUUGUGGCUUUGAGCAUCCAUCUGAAGUCCAGCAUGAGUGUAUUCCUCAAGCCAUCUUGGGAAUGGAUGUCCUUUGCCAGGCCAAGUCUGGAAUGGGCAAGACAGCAGUCUUUGUGUUGGCUACACUACAGCAGAUAGAGCCUGUGGAUGGACAGGUGACAGUCCUUGUCAUGUGCCAUACUCGGGAAUUGGCCUUCCAAAUCAGUAAGGAAUAUGAGCGCUUCUCCAAGUACAUGCCCAAUGUCAAGGUUUCUGUGUUCUUUGGUGGCCUUUCGAUCAAGAAGGAUGAAGAUGUUCUAAAGAAAAAUUGUCCCCAUGUAGUGGUGGGGACACCUGGCCGGAUUCUGGCCUUAGUACGCAACAAGAGCCUCAAUUUGAAAAAUGUGAAGCACUUUGUACUGGAUGAGUGUGACAAGAUGCUGGAGCAGCUUGACAUGCGCCGGGAUGUGCAGGAAAUCUUCCGCUUGACACCCCAUGAGAAGCAGUGCAUGAUGUUCAGUGCCACCCUGAGUAAGGAGAUAAGGCCUGUCUGCAGGAAGUUCAUGCAGGAUCCAAUGGAAGUUUUUGUGGAUGAUGAGACAAAAUUGACACUGCACGGGCUCCAGCAAUACUACGUGAAGCUUAAGGACAGCGAGAAAAACAGAAAACUUUUUGAUCUCUUGGAUGUGCUAGAGUUUAACCAGGUUGUGAUAUUUGUGAAGUCAGUGCAGCGUUGUGUAGCCUUGGCGCAGCUCCUUGUGGAACAGAAUUUCCCAGCCAUUGCCAUUCAUAGAGGCAUGGCCCAGGAGGAAAGGCUGUCACGGUACCAACAGUUCAAAGAUUUCCAGCGACGGAUCCUAGUGGCCACCAAUCUGUUUGGUCGGGGAAUGGAUAUUGAGCGGGUCAACAUAGUCUUCAAUUAUGACAUGCCCGAGGACUCUGAUACCUACCUGCACCGGGUUGCCAGGGCUGGCCGAUUUGGAACCAAGGGUUUGGCCAUCACCUUUGUCUCUGAUGAGGGAGAUGCCAAGAUCCUUAAUGAUGUCCAGGACCGGUUUGAAGUGAAUGUGGCAGAACUGCCUGAGGAAAUUGACAUCUCCACAUAUAUUGAAAAAAGCCGAUAACCAAGAGCCACAGACGGGACCAUCAGGGCUACCCCUGCCUCCGUUUGCUGCUUUUAAUGUUUUCUAAGUGACAAUGGGUAUCACAAGUAUUUUUACUGUGUUUUAAAGCUGUAGAUUUGUGUAAGAAUAAACUUUUAUUACAAAA